AUGUCCCGAGACCGCUCGUCGAGGCGGUUCUACCGCGCCGAGUCGACUCACGACCUCCUGUCCUACAUGGACAAGGGUCAAGCUGCUUGCGAGGAGAACAGGUGGACCUUUGAGACGGCAUGGGAAGCUGCUAAUAAAGUUGGCGGUAUUUACACAGUAAUUCGGUCAAAGGCGUAUGUGUCGACAGAAGAAAUGGGUGAAAAUUAUUGUUUAUUAGGUCCGUAUAAAGAGCACUGUGCUAGACAAGAAGUCGAGGAAGCGGACUUCCCCCCCAAUUCCCCCCUUACAACAGCUGUCAACGCUAUGAGAAGUCAAGGUUAUAAGCUCCACACAGGCACAUGGCUAGUAGAUGGUAAUCCUCAAAUCAUUCUCUUCGAUAUCGGUUCAGCGGCUUGGCAAAUGGACGGCUUCAAGCAGGAACUAUGGGACACUUGCUCUAUUGGUAUUCCGCAUCUUGAUGUUGAGGCGAACGAUGCUGUUAUACUUGGGUUUAUGGUGGCACAGUUCAUUACUGAGUUCCGUAAAGCAGCUGAAAGCUACAGCGAUACCCCACCGCGGGUAGUCGCACAUUUUCACGAGUGGCAGGCUGGUAUUGGACUCAUUGUUUUAAGAGUUCGUCACGUGGACGUCGCGACAGUGUUCACGACGCACGCGACUUUGCUUGGGCGGUAUUUAUGUGCUGGCAACACCGACUUCUAUAAUAACUUGGAUAAGUUUUCGGUGGACGAAGAAGCUGGCAAGCGUCAGAUCUACCACCGCUACUGUAUGGAGCGCGCCGCUGCACACAUGACCCACGUGUUCACCACCGUCUCCGACAUCACGGGUUACGAAGCACAACAUCUCCUCAAUAGGAAGCCAGACUUCAUUACACCAAACGGUUUAAACGUCAAGAAGUUCUCGGCGAUUCACGAGUUUCAGAACCUGCACGCGUUAGCCAAGGAAAAGAUUAAUGAGUUCGCUAGGGGACAUUUUUAUGGGCAUUUCAACUUCGAUUUAGACAAAACGCUGUAUUUCUUCAUCGCUGGUCGAUACGAGUUCGGUAACAAGGGAGCGGACAUUUUUAUUGAAGCGUUGGCGAGGUUGAAUCAUUAUUUGAAGUCGUCUGGUUCAGAAAUGACGGUAGUUGCGUUUUUAAUAUUUCCCACUAAAACGAAUAAUUUCAACGUCGAGAGUCUUAGAGGUCACGCUGUCACAAAAGCUCUGCGUGACACAAUAAACGACAUACAACAGAAGAUUGGCAAGCGAAUGUACGACAUAUGUCUAAGAGGCCACUUGCCCGACGCUUCAGACCUUUUACAUAAAGACGACACUGUCCGCCUAAAGAGGUGCAUCUACGCGCUACAGCGGGAUGGAUUACCGCCUAUCACCACACACAAUGUUGUUGACGACUGGAGUGAUCCAGUUUUGAACUCAGUGCGUCGCUGUCAGCUCUUCAACACUGUAAAUGAUAAAGUUAAGGUAAUCUUCCAUCCAGAGUUCCUAACGUCAACGAACCCCCUUUUCGGUUUGGAUUAUGAGGAAUUUGUUCGUGGGUGUCACUUGGGUGUCUUCCCAUCUUACUACGAGCCAUGGGGUUAUACGCCUGCUGAAUGUACCGUCAUGGGGAUACCAAGCAUCACCACUAAUUUAUCCGGUUUCGGUUGUUUUAUGCAAGAGAACAUAGCGGACCCGAUGUCGUACGGCAUCUACGUGGUGGACCGGCGCUACAUAUCUCUGGAGGGUUCCGUGCAGCAACUGGCGCAGUAUAUGUUCGAUUUCACUAAAUUAUCGCGCAGACAACGUAUCAUACAGAGAAACCGAACUGAGAGAUUGUCCGAUUUAAUGGACUGGAGGAAUUUAGGAAUUUAUUACCGUCAAGCGCGAGCGCAAGCUCUGAAGAUAGUGUACCCAGACUACGUGGAUCAUAUGGACCAAGAACUAGAGAAACAGUUCAACUACCCCCGCCCUAUAUCAGAACCGCCCAGCCCUACACACUCUAGAGCGACAACCCCUGCAGCAUCGCUUCACGGUUCUGAAGAUGAAGAUCAAGAUGAAGUCGAUGAGGAAAAAGAGUUAGCAGAAUUAAGAAUUACAGAUAAUUAAAAUAAUACACAGAUAAAAAAAAAACUGGCGAAUAAUAAUGCCGUAGAUAGUCUCCAAUGACUCAAGAGGUAAUUAAUAAUAUUACACAGAUUAAAAAAGACAGGUGAACGUGUGUCGAAAUUUGGUCCAAAUCUAUUUUUACGAAAUGUGGCACAGCUCAAAAUAUGGGUUGUAUGUGUAUCAUAGAUAAUUAAAAUAAUAAAAACACAUUUAAAAAAUCUAGCGAAAAAAAUGUAACUGCCUUAGUUCAUUAUGUGUGUCAAAAUUUGAUCCAAACCUCUUUUUAUUAAAACGUUGUAUACCUAAGAAAUAGGGGUAUAAUUUUAAAACUACUUUAUAUGUUUGAUAUGUCACUUGAACUUUUUAUUGUCAACUAUAAAUUUAAAGUUUUUUAUUCCAGUGUCAGCUAAAAUAUUUUUGUGUACUGGAAUACACUACACGUUAUUAUACACGUUUGUGUCAAAAUGGCCUUUUAUGUGUCUUUUUGACAACUUAUAAAAUGGGUUUUUUGUUUUUGUUUAUUUAAUGUUAUAUUAAUAUUAUUUACUGCCAGCAAUAAAGUAUUUUUGUUUUUAGAAAUCUAUAAAAACUAAGGUCAAAUCUAGUUAUUUUUCCAAUGUUUGCCUGUUGCUUAAAUACACGUUUUAAAAUGAUAUAUUUAUAUACAUACAGAAGAUAAAUAUUAAUAUAUUUUUAUUAUAUUUUAAUGCACUUGUUUGGAUUUUUAUAUAUAUAGAUAUUUUAAAUGUUAUUUGAGGAGGUAAUUUUCAGAAUUGACAUCCCUUUUCGGUCAAUUAUGAUAAUGUUUAAAAGUCGUUUGAUAUAGGCAAUUUUUUUUUAAAUAGGCUCAAUUUUGAAUUAUUUUUUAGGAAUUUACCAUAUAUUGUACUUACUUUGAGUAUAAAUUCGUUCCAAUCUUCAGUAGAAGCUUCUAGUAAAAAAUUAUUGUCAAAAAGUUUCAAUUUAAGAUGACAGCUUUUGAACAUUUCCUUCUAAUAUUGUAAUAUUUUGCAAUCAGCAUAUACAGCAUGUUAUGAAAUAAAAUGUGUAUAAUUGU